UUGGUAGGCGUCACCUAUUUUGAGUGGUGAUGCGCAGUGGGCGUUGUGUGUGCUGUCUUCGUGGGAGGGAAACAAUCGAUCUGCAAGCUGAAACCUUCCGUUACUAGUAGGACAGUCCUCUGUGUUUAUCCGCUGUGUUCAAAUAUUGUGUAUUUUGGAAUUACUUCUGAAGAAUUUUAAAAAAAUAUGGCUGAUCCAGGAUUUCCAAGUCAGCACGUGACAACAACAGGCACAACAACAGUUACAAAUACAACUGUUUCACCAGUUAUUCGUUUUGAUAAAACUUAUAUCAAGACAACUCCGGGCAUCUUGAAAGUGGCUCAGAUAAUUUUCAAUCUGAUUGGUUUCAUAUGCAUCUCUGUAUCUUACCAGUGGUGGCAGUCACGUGGUGGCUGGUUUAAUACAGUCUCAAUGACAGGAUUCUGGUUCACGGGGAUUAUGCUGCUGUUUUACUUGUUUCACGUCAUUGAGAAGUUCUACAAGGUUCCAUGGCUAAAAAUUGAAUUUGUGUUCUGUGCUGUGUGGACUUUCUUUUACUUAAUUGCUGCUUCUCUGGCUGCUGACUACGGGAGGCAUGAUGAAGCAUAUGGUGCAGCUGCAUUUUUUGGGUUUGCUGCGAUGGUUGCAUAUGGAGUUGAUGCAUAUCUGAAGUUUGUGGCAGUACGAUCUGGUAGCAUAGCUCAAGGUCAACGAACUGUUCAGAAGACCACAAGCACAGUAACGUCCCCUGCAUAUUAAAAUUACUGAAAGUUUAAAAGACUUUACAACCUCUGUAUGAAGUGUACUGUUAUAUCAAAUGCCUUAUUUAACCAGUUUCUAUUAAUGUUUAACGCAUUUCACUCGUGUUUUGUACUGAAUUAUACAUAUAAUUGUUGCAAUGUAUUUAGAUACCAGAUUUUUUGUGUACCUGGUGUCAUAGUGAUUGCUAAGAUAGUACUGGUUACACUAGAAUAAUUGUAUAUUUUUGUAUGCUAGUUCAGCUGUUGUAUUUAUGUUGGAUAUAAUGUGACUAAUUGUUGAACUUUGUAAACUGAUAUUUUAUUGCUAGUUGUUUCUGGACCAAUCAGCCCACCAAAAAUGUUCAUAAAGUUUUCUCUGGCAACUUUUUGAAGAUUAUCCAUGUUAGUAGACAAGCAAUGAUAAAAACUGUAGCAGUAGGCUUGAUACAUUUUUUGCUGGCUGCCCUGAACAUCAAAAAUGGUUUUAAACAACACGUCCACUAGUCAGUGUAAAGAUAAUAUUCACAAGCCUUUAUGUUAUCACAAGCGUUUUAUACUUAACUGGAAAAUACCAAGUCUUAUUAGAACUGAACUUCUUGAAAAUAUUUCCACGUAACUGUAAAAUAUUCAGUAAUACUUUGCUAGUGUUCGGCAUAAAUUGAAUGUUUAUUAGCAGUAGUUGUUGUGGGGAAACUGUUGUAGUGAAUGCUGGACAUUCCACACAAAAAGGAACAAAUACUUUACGUUAAUGGUUAAACCUUGUUUAAUUUAAAUAUUCAUAAACUAAUCAGGUUUUAUAACCUAUUUUAGAAAUAUUUGUGUACUAUUCAGGAGCAGUUUUUGCUCCUUCAGAUAUUUGUAACAUUUGUUGUUCUAUUCUCCUAAUGAGAACUUUUACCUUUUUUCUGUUAAUAAUUGCUCAUGCAGAAGUUCAUUUGUCAUUUAAUAAUUGAAUCUCAAAUCACUUCUUUAAUCAGUGUAUUGUGUAAAAGUGUACAGUUGUCAGAAAUAUAUUUUCAGUUAACAUUUUUGGCAGUCAGAUAAAUUUGAUUAUGCUGUCCUUGAAUGGCACUUGUAGUUACUCAUUGAUUGUAAAAAAUAAUGGAAAUUUCCUAUAGUGUAUUGAUUCAUGGAGCACAGUAACACACAAUGGAAAAUGUCAUUUACACUAGCUUUCAAGUACUAGCUCUUUUUGCAGCAAUACUGCGCACACACACACACACACACACACACACACACACACACACACACACACAACAAAAUCCACACAAACCCAAAUGCACACUUUCAUGGCUGAGCCUUGCUGUGGCCAUAAGAGUGCAUUUUGGGUGCCUGUGUGUUUGUGUUUGGGAAUGUGUAUACUAUAGCUGGAAAAAGAGCUAGUGCCUAAAAGCUAGUGUGAAUGUUGUUUUGUUACUGUGCUUCAUGCAUCGAUCCACUAUAGGUGAGUGGUUGCCUUACACUUAUUUUAUGUAUUCUUCAGUGUACAGUUAGAUAUCCAGUGUUCUGGUUCUUUUAUGAAAUUUUGCUGGUUUUAGAUGAAAGUUGACUACGCAAGUAAUAUUAGUCAGAAGAGCAGGUAUCAAUAGUUGGCAAUUUAUGUACUCCUUAUUUUCUUGUGUAUGUGUUUGUAUUGUACCGUAAUAUACCCUUUAUCAGCUUUCUGCAGUAUGUUCAGAACAUGAAACUGCUCCCACCAAAGCAACGAGAUUAAAGCACCAGAACGUAGCUGUGUAGUAAAAAUUAAAAUCUACUUGUCUGAAUGUGAUUUGACGUAAUGAACAGAGCAGUUUCCUGUUCAAAUAACUGUUCUUUGCCACUUAUGAUGCAGAAGGAAGUUUGAGCUGUGGUCAAGAAAGAUGAAUUGAUAUUUUAUGCUUGCUUCAGAGUAAAAAGCUACCACUUUUGUUAAAAUUUUAACACUUAAUUCGAGUAUACAGCAACAGUUCCUUCUUUUGAGUUCUCUGAAGGAAGAAAACGACGAAGAAGAGUUGUUAACUAUGUUCUUCAUUGAUCUGUUGUCUUGAAAGCAAAAGCUUUUUCUUAAGAUAUAUUUGCUUGACCAUGUUUGUUCAAAUCCAUGAAAAGUGGACCCAAAUUGAACAGUAAUUCUGAUCAAUAUGUAUGGAAAAUGUUUUCUAAAAAUUUACUUCAUAAUUUCAAGAUGUACCUUACUGAACAUAUUUGAUGAUAAAUAGUUUUUCAGAACACAAAUUACUACUACUACUACUACUACUACUACUACUACUACUACUUGG